AGUGUGCAGUUGGCUUACACAAGCAGUGCUAGUCGUGGUCCGUGCUUCAUUGGUUCAAUUCGCGUGCACUAUAAUAAACUGUCGUGGGGAAUUAUGGCCCUUCGUGUUGCUCGAUUCUUAGCCCCCGCGGCUAGGCAGUUAGCUUCACGUUCCGCAGUGAGGUCGCUAUCUAUUACCAACAAGCGCUAUGGAUCUGCCGAGGUGUCAUCGAUCUUGGAGGAGCGCAUUCUUGGCCAGCAAACCCAGACUAAUCUGGAGGAAACGGGCCGUGUACUGUCUAUUGGAGACGGCAUCGCCCGUGUGUAUGGGCUUAAGAACAUUCAGGCCGAAGAGAUGGUAGAAUUUUCGUCUGGCCUUAAAGGCAUGGCCCUUAACUUAGAGACAGACAACGUUGGUAUUGUCGUAUUUGGUAACGACAAGCUGAUCAAGGAAGGCGAUAUUGUGAAGAGGACAGGUGCUAUCGUAGAUGUUCCCGUUGGAAUGGAACUUCUCGGCCGUGUUGUUGAUGCCUUGGGUAACCCUAUUGACGGAAAGGGUCCUAUUCCAUGCAAACAAAGAUACCGAGUUGGUAUUAAGGCUCCAGGUAUCAUUCCCCGUAUUUCCGUGCGCGAGCCUAUGCUAACGGGAAUUAAGGCCGUUGAUUCCCUUGUACCCAUUGGUCGGGGCCAGCGGGAACUGAUCAUCGGUGAUCGUCAGACGGGUAAAACCGCUAUUGCUAUUGAUGCUAUUAUCAAUCAGAAGCGUUUCAACGAUGCAGGUGACGAGAAGAAAAAGCUGUACUGUAUCUAUGUAGCUAUUGGGCAGAAAAGAUCUACCGUCGCUCAGAUAUUGAAGAGACUGACGGCUGCCGAUGCCAUGAAAUACACGAUCAUCGUAUCUGCCACUGCUUCUGAUGCCGCCCCAUUACAAUACUUGGCGCCGUACUCUGGAUGCGCCAUGGGCGAGUACUUCCGCGACAACGGUAUGCACUCCCUCAUUAUUUAUGACGAUUUGUCGAAGCAGGCUGUUGCCUAUCGUCAGAUGUCUUUGCUUCUGCGUCGUCCACCUGGUCGCGAGGCGUAUCCAGGUGAUGUAUUCUACCUUCAUUCGCGUCUGCUCGAGCGUGCUGCUAAAAUGAAUGACACUUUUGGUGGAGGUUCUCUAACGGCUUUGCCCGUUAUCGAGACCCAAGCCGGUGAUGUCUCGGCUUACAUUCCGACCAACGUUAUUUCUAUUACCGAUGGACAAAUCUUCCUUGAGACUGAACUGUUUUACAAGGGUAUUCGUCCUGCCAUAAACGUCGGCUUGUCUGUGUCUCGUGUAGGAUCAGCGGCUCAAACCCGCGCUAUGAAACAGGUGGCCGGCUCAAUGAAGCUUGAGCUUGCUCAAUAUCGAGAAGUGGCCGCUUUCGCUCAGUUCGGUUCCGAUCUUGACGCCGCUACGCAACAGCUGCUCAAUCGUGGUGUCCGUCUUACUGAGCUCUUGAAACAAGGACAGUAUCAACCUAUGGCUAUCGAAGAUCAGGUGGCGGUCGUGUACACUGGUGUGCGUGGCUAUCUAGACAAGCUGGACCCAGCUCAGAUUGGCAAGUUCGAGAGCCAGUUUCUCGGGCUAAUCCGCACUCAACAUAAGGAUAUUCUUCAGACGAUCGCUGCUGAAGGCAAGAUCUCGGAAUCCACCGACGCCAAACUGAAGAAAGUUGUGACCGAUUUCAUGGCUUCCUUUCAAGCACAGUAAAUGCAGCAAGUGCAACUAACUUGUUAGAUGACUGAUACGACAGAUAGAAACAGCAACAAAAUAACGGCUACCACAGUACCAACCGUAAACAUUUAAGUCUAAGAUAGAAACCGUGAAGCGUUGGGUGUAAUAGGGUUGUAAAGAGGCCUAUCCAAAAAAACGGAAGCGACUAUAGGCAACCUCCGGGAGAAAAAGAAUAUGAUUCUUGAAAGUUGAAAGGAAGUCGUUUCGCUGUACAUAAGCAACAAAAGCGGGUUGAUUGCACUACCAAGAAACUGUCGACAAACCAUAAGUACGCCAUGUGAAGAAUGAAAGAGAAUACGAAGUUAGAAAUUAAGUAUAUCUGGUGUCAGAACAAUUAUGUUCUAGCAAACACAAACAAAACGGGCACAUUCUUCUUCUUUAAAGAUUUUAACUGUCAAUUCAUGCCCUAUAACGCCAUCAGGAAUGAAGACCAUAUUUCUAAAAAACAAAUGCAGAUACGAGCACGCGCGUUUAGGUUACUAAGAUGAAUGAAUAAAGCCGUUAAAAAAUAGUCGGCAGAAAUAUUAA